ACAACGUGCCAGGGAAGUAAUGGUCUAUGGGACGAGUGCUACGCAAAAGACGAAAUCUACCGUAUGCAACGAUAUAAAACACGGUAUCUAGGCAAGCGUAGGAGUAAGUAACAUCUCAGCGACAGCAAACCACAAGAGCCAGUACCAUGUCACCAACCAGGGCAGCAAAUCAUAAGAGCUCCGGCGGUGCGGGUAGCUUUGGAGGCGCGGGUAGCUCUAGUCUACCGGCGGCAGAGAUGAUGCUGUACGCCGUCGGAUUCUGCUGUCCCGCUGCGUACAGCAUCUACAGUGUCUACGUGGCGUCUCGGGAAAAUGAAAUCGAACUUCUCGGAGGUAAACAGAACGCGUCCGCCUUUCUUGGAAGGAGGAUGGAUACCACGGACUUUGAAUGGACCUUCUGGAAGACGUGGUUCAAGAAUGGACUCUUUACCUGUUUCUUAGGACACGUUAUCGUUAGCAUCAUGGUGCGAAGAUUUCUGUCCAAGUUUAAAAGAGAGUGUUUCCUCGCGUACAGUCUGUUAGCUCUACAUUGCGUGAUUGGCUUCAAGCCCUUAGCGCUCUUGACGUUGCACAGUCUACUAUUUUAUGCAGCGGCGGUUUUGAGGUCCAAAUUGUUGUGCUGGGGUCUAGGAACGUUCCUUGUGGCGACCCUCAACUCCAGUCUCUUCAGAGUUCUCCAGUACCGACUAGCCGGUUCGGAAUCCACCUACUACCUGGUCCUCAGCAUCACCGCUAUCUCAGUUCUCCGUCUGCUCAGCUUCAGCUUAGAGGUUUGUCGGAGGAAGGACAAGAAAGUCUGCAGCGUCAUGGAUCUGUUUGUCUACAACUUUUACAUCCCUUUGGCGUUCCUAGGACCUGUGGUAACGUACGAUACUUUCCAGGAACACUUCAACACUCCAGUUGUGGACAGGGCAAGACCACGGCGCGCUUGUUGGUACAUCUGUAGAGUUACGGUUUGGGCAGUCAUCACUGAACUGGCCUGUCACUUCCUCUACUUCUGUGCCUUGGAACACAACGCUCCUCUCUUUGAAAGUUUACCGCCUGUAGUUGUCGCUGGGAUUGGCUAUCUACAGGGACAUUUUCUUCACGUGAAGUACGUCAUCUUUUACGGACUGACGUCCGCGCUGGCGAUGUUGGAUGGAGUGGAAACCCCGCGCCUUCCCCGGUAUGUGUAUAUUCCAAUGGGAGGAUCUCGUAAGGGACUGCUAUGGCAGCUGAUAGGAAGUGCUGCCUGCUUCACUUUCGUCUGUUUCUGGCAUGGCGGACAUGACAAUAUCAUCAUGUGGAGCGUCUUCAACUGGCUGGGCAUCCUGGCAGAAUCCGUCGGGUCGGCACUUCUCAAAACCGACACCGCAAAGCUGCACCUGAACACGUGUUCCCUCAGGAAUCAGCGAAGGUUGAAGGCCGCCAUAUUUGCGCCGGUUGCUACCCUCUUGAUCAUCAAUAACUUGGUUUUCGUGGGAGGCAGACAGGCCGGCUCGGUCUACUUCCACAAACUCCUGAAGUCCAACUUCCCGUUGGGAACACUUGGUCUACUCUUCUCAAUGUACUGCAGCGUUCAACUCAUCUUCGAGUUGGAACGCCUGUUUUACAGUAAGAAUAAGACGGAUUGA